UUUGGUGGGUUGGGACGGCUGGGUGUUUGCUGCGCGUCCGUGGCCUUUAUUUAAUGAGAUUGCGACAGACUGCUGUGCUGCUUGGAAGUCAGUUUCGGUUUAGUGUGCAACAGAUAGUUGAUUUACGAAUAAGGGUUAUUUUUGUUAGUCUUUUUUUCUUUCUCAGUUGGACUUGAAACAUCUCUUUUGGUCCUUUCGCAUCCCUCCGGAGUAGUUUCUACCGCUUGGGGACACUUCACCAAAAGUAAGUAUGUCUAGCGCGCUGCGUCCCAGACUGUGUAUUUUAGAGAAGGGGGGCAAUGGCUACGGCUUUCAUCUCCACGGAGAAAAAUCAAAGUCCGGCCAGUUCAUUCGCCUGGUUGAACCAGACUCUCCAGCGGAAGCCUCGGGUUUACGUGCUGGGGACAGACUUGUGUUCGUGGGUGGUGGGAACGUAGAGAACGAGAGCCACCAGCAAGUCGUGUCCCGGAUACGGGCUGUAACGGAUAAGCUGGAGCUCGUCGUGGUGGACAAGGAUACCGAUGAGCUGCUGACAAAGCACGACCUGAAGUGCCUCAUAGAGUACGCGACCGAAGGAAUUCCGCUGCCGGGUAACGGCUCCGAUGACGGGACUGAUGCCCAGAGCAGCACCCCGAGGGAGUCGACGCCGGUCCCCGAGGAGAAUGGAGCGGUCCCCCUGGAGAAGAAGCUCAGUGUGAGUUCGGACAAGGAACCCAAGAAGGAGCUGCGUCCUCGACUCUGUACCAUCAAGAAGGGGGCCAAUGGCUAUGGAUUCAACCUGCACAGCGAGAAGUCCAAGCCAGGGCAGUACGUGCGGGCAGUGGACGAGGACUCGCCAGCCAUGAAAGCUGGCCUUCGUCCCCAGGACAGGAUUGUGCAGGUAAAUGAAGUGUCUAUGGAAGGGAAGCAGCACUCAGAAGUAGUCGCAGCCAUCAAGGCUGGGGGCAACGAGACCAGUCUGCUGGUGGUAGACUCCGAGACAGACAACUUCUUCAAGAGCUGCAAGACCACCCCCGCAGAGAAGCAUCUAACAGGACCUCUGCCAGAGCCUGUGACCAAUGGAGAGACGCAAGACAUGGUUAAUGGGAAAAUGGCCAAAGAGCUGGACACAACAGUUAGCCAUCCAAGUAAUACCAUCUCCACUGCUGCAGUUACAGAGACACAGCAGCAGAGUGCCGAGGCCCCAGCGCAGCCCAUCCCAAGUCCCCAGCCAGUGCAUGUGCCUCAGGAAACAAAGGUGGAGGACGCAGCCCCAGCCCUGACUCUGUCCCUCCAGCAGGCCAAGGAACGAGCGCAUCAGAAACGCUCCAACAAAAGAGCCCCACCCAUGGACUGGAGCAAGAGGAACGAGCUCUUCAGCAACCUUUAGGACAGCUGCUCCUUCCUAUCUCAUGUCGAACAGGGGAAGCAGGAUGGCCCCACCUGCUGUGAUUUCCGCUGUGUAACAAAUGUAUUGCCCAUUCAGCUAAAAUACAAGCUGCCAGUAAGAAUGAAAGACACUAUAUUUCUGUAGUAGGGACCAUAAUCUUUAUAUUUGUAUCCAAUGUUUAAAAGAGUAGGAAUCCCUCUUUGUAGAGGGAAAAUUAUGUUAAAUUAGUGAAUUGAGUGCUGAAGCCCUGUUCUGUGUGUGAUUUAUCAAGGCUUGAUAGAGCAUGUCGUUUAAGAAGGUUUGAAUGUGUUUUUUUUUUUUUUGAUUCCAUGAUUCACCCUUACUUUGAAAGGGGUAUUUUCUGUCUUAAUUUAAACUGUAAAAUCUUUGGCAAACAGGGCAAUAAUUUUAUUCUUUUGUCUUACUUUUCACAUCUUGCCUGUGGAACAUUUACAGUCCUCUAUGGUACAGCUAAUUGUUUCUUAAAGGAAAAUUUUUAUAAAAUCUGAGCCACUGCCUUUUCUUAGCACUACUAACUUUACUGUUUUUUCCCCUCUUCCAAUGCCGGUUUUGUUCGAAGGAGAAUUCGCUAGCUAGAGUUCAAAUGAUUCAAGUAGGAGCUUGUAGGCACUGAAUCUGAAGAGCAGAUUAUAGCUUCAGGACUAGGAAGGUGUCUCGGAAGGAAUAAAAGGAUAUUUAAAAAAAAAAACAGAUAAAGAUCCUCUUAAGGUGAUGUGGAAUUGAUAGCAUGGAUAUUUCAUGGUAAUGUGUGCCGUAUUCCACCAGCACCCUGUUUAGGUAAGACAAGUAUGUUAAUUACUGAACUCUGCUCCCCUUUCAUGGAAAUGUUAGACCCCUUCAGGGCUCGUUUUCCACUUGGCUAAUCCUUAGGACUUUGGACCUGAACCUCCUUCAUGUGACAAAACAGGCCACACAGUGCAUUUGUCGAGCUGAAUUUUGAUGCAUUGUUUUAAGACUGAAUAUUCUACAUCAGCCAAAGAAUGGCUGAAAAAUGUGAAAGGAGUAAUAUUUAACCUUUCAUUGUUGUUCUUAAUGAUCCCGGAAUCUAUGGGCACUGCGUAAGGAAUAACCCAGGAUAGGAUCAGUUUAGCAUGUUUUUGCACUGUGGGAUAAAACUCCACAAUGACAUGGGGAGAUCUUGGAAAUGGCAUUUUCUGAAAGUGCAUUCACUCAGUCAGGGUGGAGAUUCGAACCCUGGUCCUAGAGACCCGAGGUAACCAGGGUCAACCAGUGUGUCGUUGCUCCCCAAAUCACAUCAACAUUUUUUGUUUUAACCAAUAUCGAUAAUUUUGUAAACUAUGUAUAAUAGUCUGCAGUCGUUUUAAAAAUUGUAUUGAUUCUGUUAAACUGCUAGGACCUGUGUACCUGUGUCUACAGGAUGAGCAUGUUGGGAUUUUCAGUUAUUGUUUAUUCAAAAUGAGUCGUAGUCAGUUUUAGUACAGUAAUUUCCCCCCCUCACUGGUCAUCCAUCUUACUCAAAGAAAACUGUAUUCAGAAAUAAAUACUGAUUUUCACUGCA